AUGUCGUCGCUCGUCUUCUUUCCCACCUCGCCCAAGGAGGCGCUGGUCAGGGAGUUUGUGGGCAAGUCGAUCCGGGACGUGCCGACGCCCGCGGCCGUGAUGAACGUUGCGGCGGCGAGGCGGAACUGCGAGAGGAUGCUGGAGGCGGUGCAGAAGCUGGAGCUGGGGUGGAGGGCACAUGUGAAGACACACAAGACUGUCGAGUUGACGAGGCUGCAAGUUGGAGAGGAUCUGACAAGGCCGGCGAACUUGAUUGUCUCGACACUCUCAGAGGCCGAGUUUAUACUGCCUUUGCUGGAGGAGUAUAAGAGCAAGGGCCGGCAGGUAAAUUUUGUCUAUGGCCUACCCAUCUCCAAGGGAGCCGUGCCGCGGCUGGCGGCGAUUGCCAAGGUGCUCGGCGAGGGCAGCAUCUCAGUUCUUCUCGACGACCCUGCACAAUUGGCAGCGGCAGCAGAGCUGGAGAAGCAGUCCGGCGUGAAGCCGCUGGCGCACAUCAAGAUCGACAUGGGAGGAAAGCGAGCCGGAGUCGUGGAGAGCAGCGGGCGCUUCGUGCAGGUUGCCGAGGCGGCUCUGGCGGCUCACAAGGCCGGCGCUGUGGUGCUGUCCGGCCUCUACUCACAUGCCGGACACUCAUACGGAGGAGAUAGCCGCGUGGCUGCAGUCAAGAUGCUGCGAGCCGAGGUCGAUGCCAUGCUGAGCGGCGCCGAUAGACUAGCUGUCAAGGCCGAGGAGGCUGGCAUCACUCUGCCCACGCUGGUUGUCUCGGCGGGAGCAUCUCCUACUGCCCUGGCAGUGCAGAACCUGCUGAGUGGACAGCCGGACGAGGCCCAAGACCGCGAGACAGGCACGCCGGAGCUGCAGGCCGCGGUGACGGAGCUGGCGGAGCUGUUCCGGACAGUUAAGAGCAAGGGUCAUGCGGUGGAGAUUCACGCGGGCGUGUACCCGACCCUGGAUCUACAGCAACUGGCGGCGCACAGCAUGGCCUCGUCCAAGCUGUCAUGGCGAGAUAUCGCCCUCACCAUUGUGGCUGAGGUUCACGGCGUGUAUCCCGGUCGUGGCACCAACGGCACUGACGAGGCGCUGAUCGGGGCGGGCGGACUGGCGCUGGGCCGCGAGUUCUGCAAGGCAUACGACGGCAUGGCCGUGGCGACGCCGUGGGGACGAAACGUGCCGAUGCCCUCCUGCGACGUCGAAGACUACGAGGGGUGGACGGUGGGCAGAUUCGCACAAGAGCACGGCAUCUUGACGUGGGCGGCUGGCAAGCGGAAGACGGAGAAGGGGCUGGGAGCUCAGGGGGAUGCGGUGGAGGCGGGACAGUUGUUGAGGCUGUGGCCGAACCACGCCUGCAUCACGAGCAGCCACUUUGGGUGGUAUUUCGUGGUGGAUGAGGAUAAUGCUGGACGUGAGGAUGAGAUUGUGGAUGUUUGGAUCAAGGCCAGGGGGUGGUAG